CAUAGCAAUCGGAAUAGAAACGCAAAUGCAUUCGCAUAAUUCUACAAAAGAUCUUCGAUGCUGGGUGCUAAAUACGAUUUUGCAGCACGGGGCGAAAUGUGGUUAGCUGGAAUAUAUGAUUGCCAAUUCUAGAAGAGGUUAUUAAACGCAGUAGCUAGGACUGAGGCAGGCUAAUCGCUCGAUAAACCGGUCCAGGCAUGUUUGCCAUAAGGGCACCUGAGGAGGAGUCCUCAGAGAUGGUGGAGGAGAUGGACACGUCAGAGGCUGUCUGGUGCUGGUAUUACCUAGCUGAAUGUGGAGUGUGGCACAUGUUUGAGAUUGAUCCAAGUGCUGCAUGCUCUGUGACCAGUGAGCAGAUAGAACAGAAUUACAGCAGGAAUCAACACGGUGUCAUGGAGUUUUACACCGCCAAGUACACCUACAGACUGGACUUCUCAGUCAUGAAGCAGAUCAAUGUCACAACCGGGAAACAACGUCCAAUCAAACGGGCGUUCCACUCUGCCACUGGCUUUAGGUUCAUUUGUGAUAAUCUGGCCCUGCCGGUGCCCUGCCACUGGGAGAGAAUAAAUACAGACGAGCCUUAUCAGCUCGUCUCAUUGGCCAGAGAUACUUAUGAAUUCAAGGAAGUGGUCAGACUCUAUGAAAGGACCAUGUGUCACCCUAUCAAAUCUAUUCAGAGGAUACAGAACCUGGAUCUGUGGGAGUUCUUUUGCAGGAAAAAACAACAAUUGCGGAAGAUAAAGCGAGUUGUGGACAUUGAGGAGAAAAUGUUAUUUCAUGGCACAGGCCACAGCAACGUGCAGGCUAUAUGCACAUAUAACUUUGACUGGCGGCUAACUGGGAGCCACGGGGACGUCUAUGGCAGAGGGAGUUAUUUUGCCCGAGACGCCAAGUAUUCUAGCAAAUUCUGCCUUACGACGGGGAAACAUAACUUUGCCUUGCAGAAGCAUGGACUAGCCCCGCCGAUAUUUUCAAGCGAGCCUCCAUAUAAGACCAUGUUCCUGGCCAGAGUGCUGGUCGGCGAGUCCACGUUAGGCAAUCCGCUGUUCUGCCGACCGCCAUCCAAGGACAUGAGCUACAGCAACUUCUUCGACAGCUGUGUGGACGACCUCGCCAACCCAAAGAUCUACGUCAUCUUCGACUGCAACCAGAUUUACCCAGAGUAUCUCAUUGAGUUCUACUGACGCCUAUGGGGUGAUCAGGGACGUUAUCACACAAUGUACAUGGGGCAGAUUUUUUUUUACCAGGACGGGAUUGGGAUUCAGAAACAUCAGGGGAGAGGUCGAGAGAGGAGGGACUCAAUGGACGGCCAUGAUGACUUCCCGCUGUUUGAUUCAAGGCCUGGCUGGGACUUGGAUCAUAAGAAGUGCCUUAAUGGAUUACUAUGGCAGAACAGGGAAGACCAUACAAGAAGACUAUGUUUCUAUAAAAGCUGUAGAGUUCGUAAAGAGUGGUUUGUCUAUUUACUGUGUUUAGAGACUUGUGGGUUGGUCAGGGCGAGAGGUGGCAUAUUUGAAAAAACUGAAAAGUAACUGCACACUGUUGGAGUGUUCCCGAAAUGGAUUAGCAAUGUUUCAACCUGCCACAGAGGAUCUUUGGCAGGAUCACCCUGUGUUGUCGAAACGUUGCGAAUACGUUUCGGGAGCGUUCUAACAGUGUGCAGGUAUUCUUUUUUUCUUUUCCUUUGACUGUUUGGGUCCAACAUGACCAUAGUCAAGCAAAGCUAAAAAGUGCAACACACUUCUAAUGAGGAUGUAGACUGAAUAACUACUUUGGUGACCAGGAUGCAAUAACUCACUAUUACAAGUGAAGUCGCCAACAUAAAGUAAACAAAUGUUUGACUUGCCCUACUCCUGUAUACAAGGACCUGAUUUCAUAGAUAGACAUUGAAUAAGUAGGUGUAUCCAAACUUUUGACUGGUACUGUGUAUAAGGGAUAUAUUCAUUGUAACUGUACAGUAAUCUGCUCUUGUAAUAUUUUCUACAUUGUAGAAUAAUAGU